AUGACUAUUGCAGAACAUAUUGAACCUGGAGAAUGUCGUAGCACUUCUCGAGCGGCUCUCAAGUAUCCAAAUCCAGGAGAGGCUAUUACAAUUACCGAAGUCCAAGGUAUACCAUUUAAGAAAUCAACAGCUGGCAAGUGUUAUUCAAAAGCUACUACCAACACUUCUACCAUGGUAACUACAUCUAUUACUACUACUACUAUCACUGCUACUGAUGAUACUUCAACACUCUUCUCCUCAUCUGUUGCAUCUAACACGGUGAAUCCGGCUGGCGAUUCUAAAUGUGACAAGCCACUUCCUACAGUUUUGAACUUAGUUGUCAAUGAUGCUGCAUAUUCGUACACUUGUGUAUGCGAGAAAAAAUCACCUUAG